AUGCUCUCUCCCUUCGCUGCUGCCACACUGCAGGCCGGCGCCCUAUCGACCCUGAGCAACCUUUGUGCCCAGGUAAUUGAGGCCUACCAGGAGAAUCGUGGACUAUCCCUGGAUGUUCCCCAGCUCCUUCGCUUCGUGUGCCUCACAUUCAUCACAACUCCUCCCAACUUUGUGUGGCAGCAGUUCCUGGAGCGAUGGUACCCGGCAUACCCGACCGCUGCCACCCCGUCGUCGCGUCACCACAAGGACGACAUCGAGAUGGAGGCAGGUGACUGGACUACUACAGCUGACGGGCUUCUCGAGGGCGACCUAGGUUCUGGCGCCGCUGUGGCCACCGCUCAGAAGCCCAAGUUCUCGAUGCGCAACACGCUGGCAAAGUGGUUCAUUGACUGCAUGACGGUCGGCGCCAUCCUCAACACUCUGGCCUUUCUUGUCAUCAUGGGAGGGCUCAAGGGCCAAAGUGCAGACCAGGUUGCCACCAACAUUCGGACGGAGACCAUACCCAUCAUCGUCGCCGGAUACAAGAUAUGGCCCAUUGCUUCGAUAAUCAGCUUCUCGUUCAUCCCCGUCCACCGUCGCAUCGUGUUCCUGAGCUUCAUCGGCCUCCUCUGGGGGAUAUACAUGAGCCUUGUCGCGUCCAGGGUUUAG